AUGGCUACUACCUGCGAAAUCCAACACACAAAUAUGAGCUCGCAUUCAUGCUCCAGCGCAGCUCUAUACAAGGCUACAGUCGCUACAUCUCAGAAGGCCAUUUUCGAUCUCUUAAACAAGCUCGGGGUACACUUCCCCGAAUAUAAUCGCGAUCUUGAGCUCGAGGCCGAAGUAAAGGCAGUCGUGCGACAAUGGGGGCAGGGAAACAUCAUCGAACCGCUGGUCGCCAGUGCCCUCGUUCUCACCACGACCGCCUACAGCCAUAUCGCAAGUCUUGACACCAAGCUACAGAUCACCCUCUUUACGAUCUUGAUCGGCGCAUUGGACGACCCGUCCGUAUUCGAGUCCCUACCCUCGCGCGAGUUCCAUCAACUCAUGUGCGUCGGAACCGUCCAGAAAGAGGAGUCAGUUCUUGGUGUAUUUGCUGAGCUUCUUCGCAAUAUGUGGGCGCAUUAUCCAAUGUUCACAGCCAACACAAUUUGCACAUCUGCACUCCGCUUCAUCAACGCGUCCAUCGCGGAGAACGACUUCGCACAAGCGUCGCUGGGAUCGUGUGCGCUUCCGUUCGUGGAAUACAAGCGGAGUAUGAGUGCGACCACAGAAGCAUACGCCUGUUUUAUAUGGGACAAAACGACCUUUCCUGACAUCAAUGCAUACACUCGAGCCAUUCCCGAUACAAUGCUCUACGUGAGCUAUGUCAAUGACAUCCUCUCUUUCUACAAGGAGGAGCUAGCGGGCGAGACGAGAAAUUAUAUCCAUGAACGAGCUUCUGUGACUGGCAAGACGACGGAAGAAACGCUCGCUGACGUCGUUUGUGACGUGGCCGAUGCCGUCAAGCGCAUCCGCAACAUCCUGGGCGAAGGGCUAGCCAGGGAUGCCUGGGAGAACUUUGCGGCCGGAUACAUCACAGUGCAUACUCGUAGUCCCCGGUAUCGCUUGCAGGAAGUCAUUGGAGAAACGUACUUACUGGACAUUAAUACCUGUUGUUAA